CUUUACCUCCUCGGAUGCAGCUAGAGUUUUAGGAAUGUGUCUCUGAGAGUUCGGAAGAAUAACUAGUCAUUCUGUUGCUGUCCUGUCCUCAGACAGACGCCUGUCUCUGGGUUCAGGAGCUCAGUUUGAACCGCCGUCAGAACCUGAAGGAACACGCUGGCUCCGGUUCCGUUCUUUAUUUGGCGCCGUUUAGAACUCACAGAGGCUGCUUGGGGUUCGUUUCUGCUGCUUUUCUCUGUUUCCGAAUAGUGUAAAACAGAAGGUCCUUAUGAGGGUUUCCAUGUGAUGGAAUGAUGCCAGCCCAGGACGGUGUUGGGAGCGACUGCAGCCCUGGAGGCUGAUGACCCCUGGAGGCUGCUGACCAUUGGCCAGCCAGGAUGCACAUAGCCUCGGUGGGCGUCAGUAAGUCCUGCUUCCUGUUCUCUCUUGCUCUCUGCUCCUUCCUGCUGCUGCUCAUCCCGGCCCUCCAGUCGGCCCCCCGCCAGCUGGAGCCGCCUCAGCCCCGACCCCAUGCCAAGUCUGCCUCAGCAGAGCAGACUCACCAUGCCGACCUACCAGCAGGUACUGCCAGCGCUGGCGGCACCGACAUGGCCACAGGGCUCAGGAGGAGUUCAGAGGUCAUUGGAGGAGCUGCUAGAACUGACGUUCCCUCUCCCAAGAGAACUGUGGACUCAGGGCCUAGGAAUACUGACCAGCUGGAGCUGAAGGACAUUUUCAUCGCAGUGAAGACCACCAGGAAGUACCACAGGUCCAGACUGGAGCUGCUGAUCCAGACCUGGGUGUCUCAAGCCAAGGAACACACCUACAUAUUCACUGAUGGUGACGACAGGGAGCUGCAGCUGAAGACAGGAGCUAACAUCAUCAACACCAACUGCUCAGCUGCUCACAACCGACAGGCUCUGUGCUGCAAGAUGUCUGUGGAGUACGAUAAAUUCAUCGAGUCCCAGAAGAAGUGGUUCUGCCAUGUGGAUGAUGAUAACUAUGUGAUCCUGCCCAGUCUGCUGCGACUGCUGUCCUCAUACCAUCACAGCCAGGACAUCUACCUGGGCCGGCCCAGUCUGGACCACCCUAUAGAGGCUGCGGAGAGGGUGAAGAGCGACGGAACGGUGUCUGUGAAGUUCUGGUUCGCCACAGGGGGAGCGGGGUUCUGCAUCAGUCGAGGUCUGGCUCUGAAAAUGAGCCCCUGGGCCAGUUUGGGGAACUUCAUCACCACGGCAGAAAAGAUCCGCCUCCCAGAUGACUGCACCAUCGGCUACAUCAUCGAAGCGCUACUGGAGGUCACACUCACUCACACACACCUGUUCCACUCUCACCUGGAGAACCUGCAGAAGCUGCCCGUUCCCACCGUGCUCCAGCAGGUCACUCUGAGUUAUGGAGGCUUUGAGAACAGAAGAAACGUGGUCAGCGUUGUUGGGGGCUUUUCUCUGACUGAAGACCCCACCAGGUUUAAGACGGUCCACUGCCUUCUGUACCCAGACACUGAGUGGUGUCCGAAGUUAAAACCUGGACACACAAACUGAACAUCCUGGAAAUAACUCAGCCCAAGUGUUUCUGCAAUAAUUCAAUACGUCAAAAAUAACUUCCCUGUUCCUGGACUGAUGUCAUGUCAGUGAGGAGAUGGUCCAUCCGCUGGAUUCCUCCUGAUCCGGGUGGGCCUGGGGACAGCAGCCUCAGUAGCCUUCCCGCCCUGCAGUCCCCUGGUCCUGCUCCGCCUGGGGAAUCCCACAGCGUUCCCAGGCCUGCAGAGAAAUAUAUUCCCAUAUUCUGACCAGACUGGGUCUGGUCCGGAGGGACAUGAACACCUCCAGCAGGAAUCCUGAGCAGCCAGCUCACCUGGCUCCUCUCUGCUGCUUGUGGACUGUUAGUUAUCUGCUGUUCUUUUGGGUCCACCAUGGUACUAUGGUAGGUACAUAUUUUUAUGCCAUUUCUUUUAUAAUUAAGUCAGAUUUUCUGACUAAAUGUUAUAAUCACCUGAUGUCUGUUGCCAAGGCAACCCUUCAAACAGCAGCAGUGUUAACUCGGGGAACCUAGACACCCCAAAAUCUGGGGAUACUUGUUGAUGAUCCACAGACACUUUGCUCACAGACAUUUUGAAAAAAUUCAGGUUAUGGAAAAUGUGCAAAUUGUGAGUCAUUAGGCACACCUGGAAAAAAACGACAAACAAUCACCCUUCAGUUUUCUAUCUUCUGGUUUAUUGACCCAAACUAACAUUUCCACUCUGAGAACCAGACCUGCUCUUUCAGCCUGCACUGGAUGGAAGAAUGAGCCAUUAUCACCAUCAAGCCCCGCCCCCUCCUGCACCAGCAGCUCAAUGAUUGCAAUAAAGAAAACUAUUCAGGGUCCAACUAACAGAGGAGUUUUUUGUUUUUGUUUUAUUCUCGUGCACAUGGCAGAAAGAGAUGAGAGCCUCACAUGUCACCAGAUCACAUUUGGAUUCGUCCCACAUCCUGCUGGUUACGCCUGGAAAACCUGCAGGAAAUGAAGGAGCUCUCUCUGGCCAAACGCAUCAGGAGAUCGAGAAGCAACAUGGCACCGAGCAAAACAGACGCAGAAGAAGCUCAAGAAGACGACACAUGCAUAGAUGAGGGCGAUGAAAGAUCCGGGCCUGAGACGUUCACCUUCCUGCUGCAUCAUUCAUUUUAACACAAAUUACAUCAAAAUGAGUUAAACUCAGUUAAACUGGAACCUGUUUAAAAGGUAAUCCUGCAGUUUUUUUGGCCAUAUUAUUAUUAUUAUUAUUAUUAGUGGUAGUAUUAGUAAUGUGCUGAGCAGUAUUUUUAGCCUUCAGAAUCACUGUGUGGACAUGAAGAUAUUAAUGCAAAAGAAACACAGAUUGAGCUUAUGUUUUAUUGGAGCAGGUCUCUGCAUGUUUGUUAGAUGGAAGACGUGACAGAAUAACCAGCUUGUUGAAACCUUCAGUAACUCUGAGGCAACAGAAGAAAUCAUAAUUGUUUGGGGGUUUUUAACUGUUGCAUUAGAGAUUUUGCUCUGACUUUCACUUGUAGCAUUUCCUGUUUCUAACUUCAGAUGUCUCCCUAGACAAGGACAGAUAUCUGCAGGGAAAACACACAGAGAGCAGUUUAAAUAUGGAACCUGAUUUGGACUGCUUUCCUUUUACAUGCAACACCUUUCAGUAUUUGUAUUUCCUUAUAAAGACGUGACGUUUCAGCUUAAUAAUUUUUUUUUACCAUUUGUUUGAAUGUUUGAUUAAAAUGAAGGAAAUGUUUAAGAUUCUUGUAAUAAAUUAGUUAUAGCUUCUCGGAUGUUAAUGGAGCAGAAAGGAAAUGAUCAAAACUCACGUCACUCUUUCAGUCUGCACCUGAUAAAUGCUUUUAUACACUCAGCCAAAUAUCUUUUCCCAGUUUAUUUCCUCUUUUGCACUCUUGUCACAUGCUUUAUGUUAUCAGCAUUUGUUGAAUAUAGUAUUGUAUUAUUGUACUGAUGUCAAAUUGGAUGAGCUAUAUUUUUUAUUUUGGUUUUAUGGUGACAGAGUCGGGACAUAUCUUCACAAUCAAGGAGUAAAAUCUGGAUCUGAUGCUAUCAGGAUGAACAUGGAUCAGAUUGUUAACCUGUACUUGUCUUUUUUUUUUUUUGGUUUGUUUGUUUUUAGUUUUCAUAUACUUGGGUUCUGUGGUGAAGUUAUUGGUCGUCAUCUCCCCUGAUUGAAUGGAGAUGGGUGGUUAGUCAGAGAAACAGAAAGUGAUUUUCUUCAUCUUAAAAAACCUUCAAAGCUCCAACGUGUCACUGUGGUUCAUGCUCUGAACACUCAGAACCCUCUAAAGCUGAGUUUAUCAAAACUCUUGACAAUAUAAAACUUUUCUCUCUUUGAAUUAGUCUGAAGAAAGGUGAGCUCAUCUCGGUUUGUAAAUUUCCUGUAUCAUAUCACGAUGCAUGUGACCUCUGACUCCUUUGACCUGUCAAACAGAUCAUCUCUCUUUGACAUGUUCCCAUGUUAGGUUUGACAUGGCUGCUUUUAAACAAUUUAACAUCACAGGUUGAGAGUUUACAAGGUUUUUUUUUUUAGUGUUUGCUUGAACCACUGAUGCUGUCAGUUAGAAAUCUGCACUGAUUUGUUGAGACAUUAGCUAAAGAGAGAUAAUCUGUUUGAUCAAAGUGAAGAUGUUUACAUGUUAACUGCUGCAGGUAAGAUGAUGACUGCUUAAAACUCUCUACAGAACCCCUCCUCAUGACAUUUAAAGUGUUGUUAGAGGCAACCUUAGCUUUAUUAAACAUAAUCAUCAGGAGUUUUCCGCUCUAACCUUCUGUUUUCACCGUGAGCCUGAUCCUGCCAUGUGUCUCAGAUAACAACCCAGUGUGUGUGUGUGUGUGUGUGUUUCUCCUGUGAGUUUGUGUAAAGCAACAGGCUACCUCUGCACAGGAAGACUAGAACCCAAAAGCAUGUGUCCCACUGCGGGUCGGUGGGUCAGACUGUUUCUGUUAACUCGUGUUCCUUUAUGCUGCAGAACAAAAUUAAAGCCUUCAUUUUUC